GCACCGGCAGGAGAACCGGCAGCACCGCGAGGCUCCGCUCCAUGCGGCGCUGAGCCCCGCCGAGCCCCGCGGAGCCAUGGCCAUGGUGGCCGGCGCUUGGGGCGAACCGAACGGCGGCGGAGCCGGUGGCACCGGGGCCGGCGGCGGCGGAGGAGCGGAGGAGGCGGCGUCCCCCGGUGGCGGCGGCAGCGACGCGGAGCACGGCGAGGAGGAGCGGCCCGGGGCCGGCGCGGACUGCGUGGUGUGCGGGGAUAAAUCCAGCGGGAAGCACUACGGGGUGUUCACCUGCGAGGGCUGCAAGAGCUUCUUCAAACGCAGCAUCCGCAGGAACCUCAGCUACACCUGCAGAUCCAACCGGGAUUGCCAGAUCGACCAACACCACCGGAACCAGUGCCAGUACUGCCGCCUCAAGAAGUGCUUCCGAGUGGGAAUGAGGAAGGAAGACGCCUGCGGGCUGUCGGACGCGGCGCACGUGGAGACGCUGCAGGAGAAGGCGCAGGUGGCCCUGACGGAAUACGUGCGCUCCCAGUACCCCUCGCAGCCCCAGCGCUUCGGCCGCCUCCUGCUGCGGCUCCCGGCGCUCCGCGCCGUUCCCGCCUCCCUCAUCUCCCAGCUCUUCUUCAUGCGCCUCGUUGGGAAGACGCCCAUCGAGACGCUGAUCCGGGACAUGCUGCUGUCCGGCAGCACCUUCAACUGGCCCUACGGGGCCGGACAAUAGGGAUGGACGCUCCGCAGCGGGAACGCCGGAUUUGGGAUCGGCCGCUCCCCGCGGGAAUGGGGGCGCGGCCGAUGGGGUGGGGCGCGGAGAGCGGAGGGGUUGGCGCCGAAGGUUUUUGGGGUGGCGGCGUUGUCCCAGGAUUUUGGGAUUCUGAAAGGUUUUGGAGGCGUGGGGUUGUCCCAAAAGGUUUUGGGGUCCUGGCAUUGUCACCAAGAGUUUUGGGGUCGUGACAUUGUCCCAAAAGGUUUUGGAGGCGUGGGGUUGUCCCAAAAGGUUUUGGGUUCCUGGCAUUGUCACCAAGAGUUUUGGGGUCACGGCGUUGUCCCAAAAGGUUUUGGGAUUCCGAGAGGUUUUGGAGUCGUGGCAUUGUCCUAAAAAGUGUUGGGGUUCCAAAAGGUUUUGGGGUCCUGGUGUUGUCCCAAAAGGUUUUGGGAUUCCAAGAAGUUUUGGAGUCACGGGGUUGUCCCAAAAAGUUUUGGGAUUCCAAAAGGUUUUGGGGUCCUGGCAUUGUCACCAAGAAUUUUGGGGUCGUGACAUUGUCCCAGAAGGUUUUGGAGCCGUGGGGUUGUCCCAAAAGGUUUUGGGAUUCCAGGAAGUUUUGGAGCCCAAGUUUUGGGGUCCCAGCAUUGUCCCAAAAGGUUUUGGGAUUCCAAGAGGUUUUGGGGUCUUGGCAUUGUCCCAAAAGGUUUUGGGAUUCCGAAAGGUUUUGGAGCCAUGGUGUUGUCCCAAAAAGUUUUGGGAUUCCAAGAGGUUUUUGGAGUCGUGGCAUUGUCCUAAAAAGUGUUGGGGUUCCAAAAAGUUUUGGGGUCCUGGCAUUGUCCCAAAAAGUUUUGGGAUCCCAAAAGGUUUUGGGGUCCUGGCAUUGUCCCAAAAGGUUUUGGGAUUCCAAGAAGUUUUGGAGUCGUGGCAUUGUCACCAAGAGUUUUGGGGUCGUGACGUUGUCCCAAAAGGUUUUGGGGUCCUGGUGUUCUCCCAAAAAAGUUUUGGGAUUCCAAAAGGUUUUGGGGUCGUGGCAUUGUCCCAAAAAUUUCUGGGAUCCCAAAAAGUGUUGGGGUCUUGGUGUUGUCCCCAAAAGAAGUCCCAAUGUUGUCCCAAAAAGUUUUGGGGUCGUGGUGUUGUCCCCAAGGAUGGAGGGGACACAGAGAGGGGGACAGAGCCACCCCCCCACACCGGGAUUUCGGGAUUUGGGAUUUGAGGAUUUUGGGAUUUCAGGAUUUUGGGAUUCCAGGACGACUCCCGGCCGACGGAAUCCUCGCUCCGCCAUAUAAACUCAUUAAUUAACGCCAAUUAAAGACAUUUCCUACAA